UGUCCAAUAUGGCGGCGCCCAGUGGCGGUGUGAACUGUGAGGAGUUCGCCGAGUUCCAGGAAUUACUCAAGGUGAUGAGGACGAUUGAUGACAGAAUAGUACAUGAAUUAAACACUACGGUUCCAACAGCUUCCUUUGCAGGGAAAAUUGAUGCAAGCCAAACCUGUAAACAACUUUAUGAGUCUUUGAUGGAAGCUCAUGCCAGCAGGGACAGAGUCAUAAAAAAUUGUAUAGCUCAGACCUCAGCAGUAGUAAAACACCUCCGAGAAGAGAGAGAAAAGAAUUUGGAUGAUUUAACGUUAUUAAAGCAACUUAGGAAAGAACAGACAAAGUUGAAAUGGAUGCAGUCAGAACUGAAUGUUGAAGAAGUUGUAAAUGACAGGAGCUGGAAGGUGUUUAAUGAACGCUGCCGAAUUCACUUCAAGCCUCCAAAGAAUGAAUAAAAAGAUACUUUUUUAUAAAAGGACCGGGACAUCUCAUAAGAGCUAAGCAUGACAGAUAUCAACAAGGUGGGCUUCCUAGGAUGAUUUCUGAGCCAACAGUCCAAGACCUUUUGUUGAUUUCAGCCCCACUUAGCCAAGACCUUAAGUACAAAUAAUUCUGAUAAUUAUGGAAAAAUCAACUGCUAUUUUAUACUGAUUCUGUAAAAAAAAAAAAAAAAUGUUUUGUAACUAUUAAAAUAAUUUUCUGA